UGUUAACCCAGCGCGGAAGGUCAAGGCGGUCGGUCCUUGCUCGAUGCUCUUGGAAUGAGCGCGUCCCAAAAGCACAGUUUUACGUAUCAACUUGACAACUCGACAAGUGUGCAAGGUACUUCGCCACUCAUCCCCGUGGCCAAGUGGACGGGAGGGGGGGGAGGCAGCAACAGCAACAGCCCUUCAGCAGGCACACCAUACUUCAGUGUAGGGAAUACCGGGAAUGCCGCGGCUCCGUCAUCCUCCACCGUUCGAGAGGGGUUGCAAAGCCGCAGCCGAAACAUAGACAUCCCCAAUUCGAGACCUCGCCUGCGUCCGAAACACUCUGCGUCGUCGGUUUCCCGUGCCUCAUCCAGUAUGCGGUCGCUGUCGGCGAGGAAAUCCACUUUGUCAUCGGCGGCUCCUGUGCCCACACCUUUACCGACCAAUUCUGACUUAAAUUGGCAUACCCGUCCCCCGCGCGCUGGACUUGGAUCUCUCCACCCGACGCCAUUUAAACAUGGAUCCAGCGUUCAAGCGUUGAAGCCGCGGGCCAAGAAACCACUAUCAACUCGCCGCGAAGAACUAUCCUUCGCCCCUGUUGAAGCCCCACGUGGUGAAGGAGGGUCCUCUGGCUGGAUCAGUAGAUUCACCGGCGGCGACGAAGAAACGUUUGCUUGGGCACUAACCUCCGAUUCUUCAAAAGACCCUUCGUCGCCAAUGUUCCGCCCGACCGCCGCACCGAUCCGUAUCGAUGCAGUGGAAGGGUUGGCGCGUGCGCUGCUGUCCGAUUGUAUCAAUAAGCGUAACAUGGAGCAAUCCAAGGUAAAGAAGGCGAUCAAGAUCGACACCAAUACGUUGCCGUUGCAGUCCACUUCAUCGCAAGCGUCGUAUCUGUCGCCGACGGGCCAUGAGUCGAGCCUUUGCAUGCCGCCAUAUGAAGACGGUGGGGGAGUGCUCAGCUGCAGCUCGAGCGACGACGAAUUGCAUCAGUUGUACAAGCUCGAGCCGUCAUUUGUAUGGGACAAGUGCCGCGUUGACGGCUGCCUCAAUAAAAUGUGCAGCGGCAGCUCGCACUUUCAUGACCCUGACCACAUGACGAAUUCGCCCGACAGCGACAGCUACUUUGAAGAACAGGGUCUCCCCAAAGAGAUUCGAUACAACCUGCCCAUUGCAUACGGCACAGUGAACGAGACCGAAAAACACUGCACGAUUUGUCAAGUCGCUUAUGAAAUCGGGUCCCACAUCGUUACGUUGACGCCAUGUCAGCAUUUUUUCCACGCGCUGUGCGUCGACAAGUGGUUGUGGAAUCACGUAACGUGCCCGCUGUGCCGCAAAGAAGUCGUGUACGACCUUGACAAGGACACAACGCCGCAUGUUCGCGGGAUGGAGUGCCCCGAAGAAGAUUUGGACACGAUGCGCCGCAAGUUGCGCUCGCAAUGCGCCGAGUUUCGACCUGUGAAGCCCCUGAAACCUGGGUACACGGUGGACCAGCUCGACGCCCCAUUUUUGGCCAUGCAGGUGCAGGAAGACCGAGCGCAGAUGCUGUUGGACCAUCUUGCGUGUCCAACUCCUCAACGCAAGUACCCUCAGUAACCUUCGGUCUUGCUCUGCAGCUGCCCCUCGUGGCCCAACUCGAGAAAAUCAAAGAAAAAACGAAGGAUGGCCGUCUCCCCUCCAUGAAUCCCUGUAAACAUCACCAGCGGCGGCGAUCACACCCAUCCACGCUUGCCCAGCGACGUCGGGAGGGCCCUUGCCUGCCCGUGUAUUAACUUAUCCUCUAAUUCAUUUGUGUUUUUGCGGUGGUCCGCGCUCAGGCCCAUCCUGC